AUGAUCUCCAUAGGUGUGAUGGUGAUGCUCUGCGUUGUUCUAUCAAUAACCUGUGUUAUUGUUUGGAUGCUGAGGUGGCGCCGCAGUUUGGUACGGAAGGCGGGACAAGCUGAUCACCAAUGUGACGACGAGAUCUCCUACACGGAAAAUGUCAAGCCUCGUACAAAAUCGUCCUCCAAACGUGCCGUCGCCGACAGUGUCCCCUCACCGGCUCGCGCAGACAGCGUCGAAGGCGAAAAAUCGCAUAGAAGCAGCAGUUACAAAUGUAGCACAUCUGCCGAACAGCUGAAACAGGACGAUAUUGUGGCUCAGGCUGAACCAAGACCGUCACAGACGUACGUGUCAAAGCCUUUGGAGAGGAUAAAGGAGGAGGCGAUUUCCGUUAAAAACAAACGCCUGGACACGGUCUCGGUUAUGUCGUCGGUUGAGACAUUGCAGCGCAACGACUCAAAGGUGAACGUAUUCCCGGCGGACAAAAUGGAAGAAAUUGACUUGAAUCCUGGCCUCAACAACGUCAUCAAUUUGGAAACUAUCUGA